AUGGACUUCGAUCUCGAGGAGCUCGUGAACGUCGAGCAGACGUUCUACGACGAGGGCUACAGAGACGGGCACGCGCACGGGCGCGUGCACGGCCUCAUCGAGGGCCGCGCCCUCGGACGCGAAAAGGGCUUCGAGAUGUGGGAGGAGCUCGGGUUCUACGAGGGCUUCGCACGCCUCUGGGGGGCGGUGCUCGCCGCUCGAGGUGCGCAGGACGAACGAGCGCAGAACCACGUCCGACUCCUCCUCGCGCUCAUCGCACAGUUCCCGCGCGUGAACCCCUCAACUGCCAUCGCAUCCGCCGCAGCCGACGCGGACGCAAGCACGGACGCAGGCCCGGACGUCGACAUCCCCCGGCUCUUCCGCCAGAUCCGCUCGCGCUACAAGCUCCUCUGCGCCACGCUCGGCGUGCGGCCCACGCUGCGCGCCGCCGACGGCUCCUCCGCGUCGCCAGAACGCGGUGACGACGGCGAGCCCCCGCACGCACAAUCGGAGCCGACGACCGCAACGAGCCCGACGACUCGGCCGAAGGCGAGGAAGAACGUCUGGGCCGUGCACGACGCACGCGCAGGCCCGUCCGCGGCGGACGCACGCGCGGACGCGCUGAGCUUCUGA